AUGACUCAACUAGAUGGUGUAAGAAAGGUUUGCGGCUCAGUCGCUUAUGUGCCCCAGACGCCAUGGAUACUCAAUCAUACGAUGCGGGGCAACAUUCUCUACGGCAUGGAUUACGAUAGGAACAGAUACGACAAG